UUGUCUCUUCACACCUAUCUUUUCACUUCCAUCUCUCUUCUCACUACACUUUCACUUUAUCUUCUCUUCUCUUGAUUCACCCUUUGAAAGCUACAGAUUUAUCUUCAUCAUGCAAAACGAUAAGAAUGGUUCAUACUUGUCUGUACCUCAGUUUGGAGACUGGGAUCAGAAAGGAGGGUUACCAGAUUACUCCAUGGAUUUCUCCAAAAUCAGAGAAAUGAGAAAACAGAACAAAAGAGAACUUUCAAGAGCUAGUAUUGGAAAUGAAGAAGAACUUAAUUCUCAAAAUAACACUAAGAAAACUGAUGAUCUUCCACAACAACAACACCAACAUCAUCAUCAGCUUCAUGACAACUCCCCAGCUGCAAGAAGAAGUAUUCUCAGCUACUUCAACUGCUGUGUCAGAGCAUAAAAAUGGUGGGAAAAGAUGGAAAUAUGCAGGGCAGAAGAUUUCAUUUUAGUAUAAUUUAUCAUAUGUUUUUGUCUCUCUUCUUUUUCUCCCUGUUCUUGGGGGUGUUCCUUCUGAAAAAUCACAUCCAGGUGUUUUACAGAUCAUUAACACGACAGCGUUGAUCUUUUGAAAGAUACUAUUUCAGGAGCACAUAUAAUGUAUGUAAUGAUUCCAUAUCAUUCUCCACUUAGUCUACUAUCCAACGAAUUUGACCGAAAUUUACAUCUAUGUUAUCUGUUUGAUUCUCUU